UGAUGAUCAUAUUUCAAGCAUGUCAAAUAGCUGACCAGAGCGAGUUGCUACUCACACCUUUGUUACCCAUUCAUAUUCUCUACUCACAGCAUGGCGAGUGCCACCUCUGGGCCGAUUGAGCUGCUCGAGGCAAACUUCAUAUCGAAUUGUGCCUCUGCAUCCGGAGCAGCCCUCAUAUUCUACGAACAUAUUACUACAUUCAAUCAAGAGGUUAAAUUCUUUUGGGGCAAAAAGUCAUUCCCAGCAGUCCUCUUCUUCGUCAAUCGACUGCUGGCUCUCGUCUAUGGCGCUGUAUACGUAUCAGCGUUAACGAAUAUCUACUCACAAACUGUACCUGUGAAGUAGUACAAAAUGUACUUGACAGUUUCAUACUCGCAAUUGGGGCAGUGUCCGAAGUGGUCACAUUAUUACGAGUAUACGCAGUGACCGAACGUAGCUGGCGUGUUAC